AUGCCCGUCGAGACGCGCAAGCGAAGGGCCAUGGCCCAGGAAGCCCUUGGAACGGCCGAGCCCGCGUCGUCAGCCCGCGCAGGCGCCGCCCCGAAGCGUCAGAGGAAACUGCCCCUGCGGUCAAAGGACGACGCUCCAGAGCUGGACCCCGAGACCGAGGCCCCCCGGGCGGCAAGCCAGAGGAGUGGCGUCAUCACGUUCGACGACGACGGCAAUGCAGACCAGGACCUCGUCAUUCCGGCCGAGCCUGUCGAGGCUGCGGACCCAUCCCAGCUCGGGGUGGGAGGCGACAGCGACGGCGACGAGGCUCCCGAGGUAGUCUCCACGUCUAAGCUGGCAGUUGAGAUGAAGAAGUCUGCGCGGGCGGAGAAGAAGGCUUCCCGAGAGCAAGCGGCCGCUGAGAAGAAGAGGCGGCAGCAGCGGGACGCCCUCUUCAAGCAACAAGCCUCGGAGCGAAGGGUGGAAAAGCAGCCCGGAGACGUCCCAGAAACGCAGCGACAGGCUUCUGGUGGCAAACGGCCUGGCAAGGUAGCCAUUCCUACUGUACUGCCUGCCGAGUUUUUGACCGAUUCGGAGAGCGAAGCGGACCAUGAUACCGAGUCCUCCGCAGGGGAAGAGGAACGGCCUCGCAGGAGAACGGUGCCGGCGAUUGAGAAGCGAAUGUCGAGGGAUGCAAGGGGUCCUCGGGAUGAGGUUAUCGGGACUACAGUGUACAGAGUCUCCAGCAAGGUCGACCAGAGGUUGGCGCCUAAAGUAAAGAGGUAUUCAAAGGGUUCCAGGGAUGUGCUGCUCAAGAGGGGGAGGGCACCGGUCAAGGGGAGGUCUGGGUUCUUCAAGAAGUGA